AUGCACCCCUCAUCCUCUUCAAUGGGAAGAGACGAGUCCAUUGACGAUGCUGAAAAGGAGGUGUUGGAGUUAGAAGCGCGCCUAGAGGCAGCGAGGGGGAAGUUGAAAGGCCUCAGGGGGGAGACGGAUUCUCUGCCGUCCAGAGGCCUUCCCAAACCUUCACCCUCCCUCACGCUCUCAAACCACUACUACCUCCUCCUCUCGGACUCGGCCCUGCCACUUGGCUCCUUCGCCUUCAGCAGCGGUCUCGAGUCCUACCUGGCCCACACCCGGGGCCGCUCCUCCUUCAACGUCUUCCUCCCGGAAUCCAUCUCCGCCUACGCCUCGACGACGCUCCCCUUCGUCCUCGCCGCGCACCGGGACCCGACCACCGUCGCGGAGGUGGACGACAACCUCGACGCGGCCAUCAUCUGCACCGUCGGCCGCCGCGCCUCCAUCGCGCAGGGCCGCGCCCUGCUCUCCAUCUGGGAGCGCUCCUUCGCGACGUCCGCCCCCCGCGACGCCGUCGAGACGCUGCGGCCCUACGCGGCGCUGCUCAAGUCCACGUCGUCGAGCAAGACGACGAGCGCCGACGAGUGGGCUGAUCCGCCCUUGGUGUUUGCGCAUCUGGCGCCCCUGUUCGGCGCGAUAUGCAACCUCGUCGGGCUUACAUUGCAGCAGACGGCGUACAUCUUCAUGAUGGGCCACGUCAAGGCUCUGAUCUCGGCGGCCGUGAGAGCGAGCAUGUUCGGCCCGUACCAGGCGCAGAAGGUGCUCGCUAGUGCGCAGGUUCAGCAGACGAUUACGGCUGCUAUUGACAGGGAGUGGGAGACGCCCAUAGAAAGGGCCGGGCAGACGAUGCCGGUGAUGGACUUGUGGAUAGGCAGACACGAAGUUCUGUAUUCACGAAUAUUCAACAGUUAA